AUGGCGGCGUCUCGUGAUGAAGCGGAUUAUGAUUAUGCAGGAGAGAAUGUUGUCUUCGGAACACCGGAGAAGACAAUUGAGAACGAGUUUGAAAUCGAAAUACAAAACCCACUUCAAGAGGGCGAAACCCCGCCCGAUGUUACGGAGGCACCUGCGCAUGAUGGUGAUGCUUCUGAAGCAACGGAGGACGACUUCAACAAUUUGACCGACGAGCUUCCAGAACUUGAUCCAGAUCUGGAAGCUAUGGUCGACGAUGAGGAUUUUGUAGAAAUCGACCCGACACCGAUAUUUUAA